GUGACAGAUACCGCUGACUGAAUAUCGUCUCCCUGGACAUAGCUCUAGAUGUGUGUUUAGCCAGAUACUUCCAACAUAAUGGAUUUCAACGUGAAGAAAUUAGCUUCGGAUGCUGGAGUGUUUUUCACACGAGCUGUACAGUUCACAGGGGAAAAGUUCGGACAGGUAGAGAAGACUGAGCUGGAUGCCCAUUUUGAGAAUCUGCUCAGCCGUGCCGAUUCCACAAAAAACUGGACAGAGAAAAUCUUCAGGCAGACAGAGGUUCUGCUGCAGCCCAACCCAAGUGCCAGGAUUGAGGAGUUCCUGUAUGAGAAGCUUGACAGAACGGUUCCAUCCAGACCAAAUAAUGGAGAACUACUGGGUCAUUACAUGCAGGAUGCGGCUAAAGAUUUUGGACCUGGAACUCCAUAUGGUAGCACCCUGAUCAAGGUAGGUGACUGUGAGAGGAGACUAGGCGGUGCACAGAGAGAGUUCCUACAGACCUCCGCUAUCAGCUUCCUUGCCCCACUCAGGAACUUUCUGGAAGGAGACUGGAGGACCAUCUCAAAAGAGAGGCGUCUCCUGGAGAACCGCAGACUGGACCUGGACUCCAGUAAAGCACGACUGAAGAAAGCCAAACUAGCCGAGUCCAAGGCCGCGUGUGAGGGAGAAGCUGUGCCUGAUUUUCAGGAGACCAGACCCAGGAAUUAUGUCCUCUCUGCCAGUGCAUCUGCGCUCUGGAGUGAGGAAGUGGACAAAGCAGCGCAUGAACUUCGAGUGGCCCAGACAGAGUUUGACAGACAGGCAGAGGUCACACGACUCCUACUGGAGGGCAUCAGCAGUACACACGUGAACCACCUGCGCUGCCUGCAUGAGUUUGUGGAGGCACAGACAGCCUACUACAAGCAGUGUUACCUGCACAUGCAAGACCUGCAGAAAGAGCUGGGCAGUGUGUGCUGUUUAUCAAUGACCAUCUCCACUGUCAUCUCUUAUGCUCUCAGUUCCAAUGGAGAUGUGUUUCCCAAUGCGUUUGCUGGUAACCCGGGUCUCUCCAUGGCCUCCAGUGGCUCCUCUCCCCAGGGGAAUGCCACCCUACCCCAGGACGCUGCCAGCGCUGUGGAGACAGACACACUGAAAAUCGAAGAGGUACAGGCCCCCGCCACGGGCACACGCAAGGCCAAGGUCCUGUACGACUAUGACGCGGCCGACACCAGUGAGCUCUCCCUACUUGCUGACGAGCUAAUCACAGUUUACACAGUGCCAGGCAUGGACUCUGACUGGCUCGUUGGCGAGAGAGGGAACCAGAAAGGGAGAGUGCCUGUCACAUACCUGGAGCUGCUCAGCUAAAGAAACUACACUCAAAGAAAUACAUGGACAAACACACACACACACACAAUUGCACUCACAUGCCUUCAAACAUGCAGACGUUGACGAAUUCAAACAAGCAAACACACCCACUGUACAUUCUGUACGCACCAGGACUGCAUGAAAUCAUUGGUAAUUAUGAAGGCAAAUGCGCUACAUUGAAUAUGGAGGAAUGGUUACCAUGACAACUUGGCUGAAAAUUCUGAAUUGUGAGAUGUUUAUAGAUUUUAAUUUCACCCUGCUUCUCACAGCAGGACAAUAAUCCUGCAGCUACAAGACAUGUAAAUGGUUAUGUGGAUUAUAAUUAAGGGACAAGUUUGUAGGGGCUGAUACAUUUUUUUCAAUAGGGCAAAUCAAGUCUGACAUUUUUUAAGUGGAAAUUACAAACUUUAGAAGCCUUUUUAAACCUUGAAUACACUACAAUUUGCAUUUCCUGCUGCGCUGGAAAAUUCUCUGCGACAACGGAGUGGCCAAAUUUAAGAUUGCAGAUCUGUACAUACUGAAAUCCCCUGUUAUUCAGGCUUUUUGGUUUUAUUUUAGGUGACCUUUCACAACAGGUGUGAAGCUUCAUACAACCUGCCCACUCACUGUCACCUGUUUAAACUAUAUGCACCAAUGCACCAAUCUUUUCCAUUCCAUACACCCUGUGCACCUAUGGUUAGUCCACAUUCCUAUAAUGUAAUUUUCCUCUACCACUACCAGGAACUGAAACAUUUCAUGGCCGUAUGCCCUGCUUAACGUACUGGGAAUGUAAUCACUCUUACAGCAAAUAUUUGAAGCACUCCUAGUCGUUUACUAGCUGCCUUACAAUGAUGCCAGAGAGCUGUUUCCAUCUGCUAUAGCUAAUAGAAUGUAUUGUACACACCACAAUGUUCACACACUCCUGUUUGCUUGGACACUUCCUUUGAAGAAGACAGGCCAGAUCUGACACAGAACAUACAUUUUGGCAUGCGAGACCAACUUAUCAUUUAAGUAUCUGUGAUUAGCUAUAUUCCCAUUUGUCAAUUUUUUUAGUUUGCUCUUUUGCUCUUCUGUUUCUUAAACAUGUUACUGUUCCUUCAGUUGUCUUUUGUUUCUAUUUAGUAAAAUGUUUGUUUGAUCUGAUGUCUUUUCUGUGAUCAAGUGUUUUCAGACAGGACCUAGGCUGCUGCAUGUGCUACUGGCAGGAGUUGGACUAUUCUGUCCACUGAAAAGCCUCUUUAAAAGAACAAUUGUAAUCCAAAGUUUUAAUGGCUGUAUGUAUGUAUCUUUAUUUAUUUUAGUAUCAAAGGAAACAAGUAUAUGCAUGCAAUUCUGAAUUGAGCCCAACCCUGGUUUGUACCAUUUGCUGCUGUGGCAUGUCUUGUUUUGACCCUUUUCUGCCUUUACUGUCAAUGUAUUUAUUGCCUGUUUACAAGUCAUGCUGAAUGAAUGAAAAUAUGUAGGAUGUAAUAAAAAAAAAAGUAUGCUUUAUUUGGACACAA